AUGCCAUAUGAGGAUACAUACCGGCGAACAAAACUUCACGUGCAAGGUAUGCGACAAGCAAUUCGGAUAUGCGGGCAAUCUGAAAAGCCAUAUGAGGAUACACACCGGCGAAAAAAACCACAUAUGCAAG